AAAAUUUAAAAAAAAAUUUAUAAAUGGGUAUUCUUGAAAAAAUUACAGAAAUUGAGAGAGAAAUAUCUCGAACUCAAAAAAAUAAAGCCACAGAAUACCAUUUAGGAGUUUUAAAAGCCAAACUUGCAAAAUGCAGACUCCAAUUAUUAGAACCUUCUAAGAAGUCAGAAAAAGGCGAAGGGUUUGAUGUUAUGAAAAGUGGUGAUGCAAGAAUAGCAUUGAUUGGAUUUCCUUCUGUUGGAAAGUCAACUUUUCUUAAUACUGUGACAAACCAACAUAGUGAACAAGCUGCUUAUGAAUUUACCACCUUAACUUGUAUUCCUGGAAUUAUAAAUUAUAAUGAUGCUAAAAUACAACUACUUGAUUUGCCUGGGAUAAUUGAGGGAGCAGCACAAGGAAAGGGAAGAGGCAGACAAGUUAUUGCGGUAGCAAGAACUGCUGACCUAAUACUUGUAAUGCUUGAUCCUACAAAAGGUGAUACUCAAAAGCAUCUUUUAGAAAAUGAGCUUGAGAGUGUUGGAAUAAGAUUAAACAAAAGACCUCCAAACAUCUAUUACAAAGAGAAAAAGGCCGGUGGAAUAUCAUUCAACUCAACCGUUCCUUUGACGAAAUGUGAUGAAAAAAUGGUGUUCAGUAUUUUGCAUGAAUAUAAAAUAUUUAAUGCGGAAGUGGUAUUCAGGGGCGACCACAAUGCCGAUGAAUUGAUAGACGUGGUUAUUGGUAAUCGGUCUUAUAUUCCUUGUCUAUAUGUUUAUAACAAAAUUGAUCAAAUAUCUAUUGAAGAAGUUGAUAUAAGAGCUCACGAAUACAAUUCAGUCGUUUUAAGUUGCAAUUUAAAAUUAAACGUCGAUUAUUUAUUGGAGGUUCUCUGGGAUCAAUUGUCUCUAGUUCGAAUUUAUACAAAAAAACCUGGAUGCGCGCCCGAUUUUUCUGACUGCAUAAUCUUAAGAAAAGGAUGCACUAUUGAACAUUUGUGUCACAGUAUUCAUCGAACAUUAGCGUCCAACUAUAAAUAUGGCAUAGUUUGGGGUAAAAGUGUGAAAUUCAGUCCUCAAAGAGUAGGGCUACAACAUACUCUAGCUGAUGAAGAUGUCGUCCAAAUAAUAAAAAAAUGAGUUAAAAAAAAUAUUUGCAUAUAAUAUUUACUAUAAUUGAAAUACAUUUUAUUAAAUAAAAUGGCGUAAAUUAUCAUGAUAUUAUUCACUGAUAUAAAUAUAAUGCUGCAAAAAUAAUUUAAAAGUUAAAUAACUUUAUUAUAAUGAGCAAUAUUUUA